AUGUCGCCGCAUAUGUUAAGGACUUUAGUGAUCCCCGUUUUCUUUCUUUUGACUUCUACAAGUGUUUGGAGUGGUAGAUAUGCAGUGUUUGAUUCUAAAACAAAGUCUGUUUACGAAUUUUGUCCUGGAAAUACAAUCUGCACACCGGAGGUAGCCCCAAACAUGGAAAAGACAGAAUCGUUCCAAACGCUAUCAGAAGAUCUUCUUCCUUUAGCUGUAAUCGACAUGGAGGAGGCACAGGAUAAACCACAGAAAGUUUCCGCUCAAAUUAUUGAAGCUAUGGAAACUGUGGGGUUUAUGUAUAUAAAGAACAUCCCAGACUAUAAUGAAGAUAGCUUGUUUAAUCUCACUAAAUGGUUCUUUAAUUUACCGGUUGAUGUGAAACGCCAGGUCACUCGGCAUGUUUGGAAUAAAGCCAACAACAACAUUAUAUAUCGUGGCUUUUUUCCCGUCAUUCCUGAAUGGACGUCGUACAAAGAAGGAUUUGAAAUUGGUGGUUUUAACAACAUCACAAAACGGAACAAGGUAAGAACGGUUCGAGAUACUCUGUAUGAAGGUAAUGUUUGGCCCAAUUCUUCUGAUCCAGUUGCAUCUACAAAUUUUAGGAUAUCGAUGGAGACUUUUUUUGGGGUUUACCAUCGACUAUCUCUAGAUGUAUUACGUCUUGUAGAAUUAGGCCUUGGAUUAAAAAAAUCUCAUUUAACAUCAAUGUUUGAGUCGAAUCCAUUGUCGACUCUACGUCUAAUCCAUUACCCCCCGCGUCCAUUGCAACAUACCCCCAAAUCGGCCACAGAUGGCAACGUUGUUUUACAAUGUGAUAAACAUGCUGAUUCUGGGUUUUUUACUUUUCUAUCGACUUUUCAUUACAGUGGACUGCAAAUACAAGGCUCAAAUAACAACUGGAUAAAUAUCCCUCCUCUAAAGAAUGCUCUUAUAGUUAACAUAGGACUAAAUAUUGCUAAACUUACUGAGGGAAGGUUUAAGCCAACAAUUCACCGAGUUAUUGAUCUAGGAAUUAGCAGAUAUUCUGUGCCAUUUUUUUUAGAACCACAUUUUGAUGCAGAUAUGAGCAAUUCUCUCUUUGGAACUCCAGUGGAAGGAACAGCGAAAAAUCUGAAAUAUGGAAUGUGGUUGAUAAACAACACAGCCCAGUAUGCUGAAAAUGCCCAUACUGACUGGGGAAUUCCAGAAGAAGAACUCGCCUCUGAUUAUCAGACAAAUUCACAUGUGUAUGAUGAACUUUGA